AUCGGGGUGGGGGGCAAAUAUGAAAGAAGGCUGAACUUCUGCUCCAGUUAUCCGGGAUGUCAUAAGGGAAGCGUCAGCUUGGAUCGUGAUUGUCUUGCAGGGUGGUGAGAAGAUGCAUGUCUGAGUGCCUAUCACAGAUCUCCUGGCCUCUUUUGUGUUCUGCUUUCGGCCCUGCUCAAAAUAUAUUAUGGACUGGAGUGGGUGACUUUGCAACCCAGGAAGGGGAAUGCAAAGAUCUGGAGUCAUGUAACCAGUGCACUGAAGGUUCUCCUUCCCAGAAUAUUACAAACUGCAUUUGGAAAUACUGUCAGGAGUCUCACGAGAAGCCAGGUAUGGGGAGCUGUGUGAAAAAUGGAGAAGCGUUGGAAGAGAAAUGCUCAUUUUUCAACACCACUGUCAGCUGUGAAGAACUAAAACUAACUACCACAGAGCAUCCACACCCAACCACAAAGGAGCCUCCACAACCAUCUUCGAAGGAGCCAAAGAUCCCCACACUUGGUACGACCCCCAACCCACCACGAACUCUCCCACCCGAGUUCCACCCGCCUGGCUUCGACUCUGCCAGCUUCAUUGGCGGGAUCGUCCUGGUGCUCAGCGUCCAAGCCGUUGCCUUCUUUGUUGUGAAGUUCCUCCGAUCGAAGGACAACACCUAUCAGACGCUGAUCUAAAGGCUGAUCUCCAGGGAGCUGUCUUGACAUAUGUCUUUUGGCUGGAAGAAUACUUGGAGAAGAGGCCAGUCUGGCCCGGUUGGAAGCCAAGGCAUUCUCUUUCCAUCUGAUGGAAUUGCUGAAAGAGACCAUCCAAAAAUCUGCACCUAGCAACCUGUUGCCAAGCCAGUGGCACUUGGCAUGGAUAUAUGGCUCCUUUAGACUAACGUAUAUCCACAAGACCCAACUUCGAACUGCAAGAAACUUCAUCUGCUUUGACUGUGGAUGUAUGUAACUGAGAUUAAGAAUCUCUUCAGCCAACUGGAUUUUUUCUUUAUAGUCUCUCUUUAUGUGAAUUAUUCUAAGCCCACAAAAAGCCAUUUAUCUCUUUCUUGGUACGAGGGGUCAAGCCCUGAACUCUGCCUCCCUGUGUCUUAAGAAUUUCCUUUAACCUUUGAAACCCUUCCCCUGAUCUUUUUUCUUUCCUGAUGUUGUAAGCAGUGCUACAACAGAACAGUAUAGUAUAGCUGAUCCAUUUGCAGACUAAUUUGCUAAUCCUUUUUUUUUUUUUUUAAUUCCUGGCAGCCCUAAGGAUUAGCAACAUGAUCUGCUAGUUUUAGUUGUUAUCCCAGCAUAAAACUGUUUCUAAAAAAAUGUGGGCCCCCCACUCCAGUCUCUCCCUUGAUUACUCAGUGUUUAUUUGUUCUUCAAUCCUACACCAAAUGUGGAAUAUUUGUGCAACCUGAACUGCUUCAAUACAUGUCUGCCUUUGGUUUAGCCAGGUCCCUUUUCAAAGUUGGUACCUUAUUCAAAUGUUAAAAUGCUUGGUUCCUGAUGUUAAAUUGAUUGCACAAGAGGCAAGGGGUCUCCUUCACACGUAUCCAGAUCCUGUUUUCUGAUAGAGGAAUUGCAGGCAACAGGAGCAGAAACAUAGCAGGUUUUGUGAAACAGAACUGAUGUUGAACUUCUCUGAAAUUGUCUGCCUGUUUAAGAAUGAAUCCUUGAAGACAUCAGUGCUUUUGGAGAAUCCUUUGCUGCAAACUAGGAGUGAAAACAGGAAAAAAACAAGAGGCUUUUCAAAUAAAAUGCAAUAUUUAUGGA